AUGGCUAUCUUACUGACGGGCGGCACGGGCAAAACAUCAGUCCGCCUAGCUCAAUUCCUACAGAAGGCCAAUAUCCCCUUCUUAUUGGCCUCGCGCGGGGCUCGUUCUGGCGCUCCUACCGGCAUGCCUGCGGUCCAUUUCGAUUGGUUAGACCGGUCUACCUGGAAGUCGCCCUUUGAGCAUCGCUUUCCCGGAGGCGAUACUAUCUCAGCCAUAUACCUGAUGGAACCGCUUGUGGCGGAGCCGUGGGAACCCAUGAAUGCCUUCAUCGAUUACACUCUUAAGGAACACAAAGUCGCCCGAUUUGUCCUGGUAGCCGGCAGCUCUGCGGAUCCUUCCCGCCCAGGAAUGGGACGAGUAUGGCAACACCUCCUCGAUCUUGGGGUCGACUACUGUGUCCUGCGACCCAGUUGGUUCAUGGAAAACCUCUCCGACGGAGACACAGCGGCCCUUAUCCGCGAGCAUGGCAAGAUCUACACAGCGUGCGGGAACGGCAAGAUCCCAUUCGUGAGCGCAAUCGAUAUCGCCGCCGUCGCGUUCCGCGCGCUCACAAACCCUACGUCUCCGAAUUGCGACUACCGCGUCCUCGGCCCCGAACUCCUGACCUACGACGAGGUCGCGCACAAACUGGCGGCGGCUCUCGGACGGCCCGUCGAGCACGUCCACCUGUCGGGCGAGGAGCGCUAUCAGGGCUUGAUCAACGCCGGGGUCUCGGAGUACUAUGCUCGAUUCAUUGUGAAUUUGGAAACAGCCGCCGCCACGGGAUUUGAGACCCGGAUGAAUACGACGGUGGAAGAGGUGACGGGCAGGCCGCCCAGGAGUCUGGAACUUUUCGCUUCUGAGCAUCGAAGCGUGUGGUAA